UCAAGGGAGGGCAGGGAGCAAGAAGCAAAUAGAAGAUGGAGGCAUCAGGUCUUGCUCCGGAGGAAGUUGUGCUCAGACUCCUCGACGUCAUCGAGAAGGAUAUUGUUCCAAUCACCACGGAAGCCGUCAAGAAGGGGAACAAAGUUUUCGGCGCUGCCAUCCUCAAGCUUUCCGACCUCAGCCUAGUUGUGGCGGGAACCAACACCGAGAUAGAGUGCCCUCUCUGGCAUGGCGAGGUUGCGUGCAUUAAGAACUUUUGGAAUCUACCCGAAGAAGGACGUCCCCUCCCGUCCGAGUGCCUCAUGCUGGCCACCCAUGAACCGUGCUCAAUGUGUGUCAGCGCCAUCACCUGGUCAGCCUUCAAGGAAAUACACUUCUUGUUUUCGAUGGAAGACUCGCGGGAUGCUUUCAACAUCCCGCACGACCUGCGAAUCUACCAGGAGGUGUUCAAGUGCGAGCGAGCGACGAGGGAAAACAAAUUCUGGAAGGCGUACGACCUGCCAAAGGUGGUUGAAACCCUGCCAGAGAAUGGAGCGUUGGGGGAAAAGGUGACCAUGCUGAGGGAGACGUACGCCUCGUUGUCGGAGCUGUACCAGGACUCCAAGGGCGGGGCGAGCAGCACGCGUAUCCCCCUUUCGUAGACAAUGAGAUCCUUUGUCAUGGGGUCAUUUUUCGUGCA